AUGGUCUUGCCAGGCAUGAAGCCCAGGUACACAGAGGACCCCAACCGCCCUGGAGAGACACGCCUAGCUGGUUUCGCAUGGCUACCCAAUAGGGCUCGCCACCUCUUCAUCUCUUUCCUGGGGGAAUUAGUCGGCACCUUCCUCUUUCUUUUCUUCGCCUUCGCAGCUACACAGGUCGCGAACAAUCUUCGAGGUACCCGAUCCAUGGACGUCGGAUCAUUGUUGUACAUCUCGUUGGCGUUCGGCUUCUCCUUGGCAGUCACUGUCUGGGUCUUCUUCCGCAUCAGUGGAGGCUUGUUCAACCCCGCUGUCACCAUCGCCAUGGGUCUUGUUGGAGCACUCGGCUGGAUGAAGGUUUUGCUGUUGAUCGUUGCGCAAUUACUCGGUGCCAUCGCUGCUGCCGCUGUUGUGUCCGGGCUGUUUCCAGGGCCACUAUCUGUGAACACCACCCUCAGCCGUGAAACAUCUAUCACGCGAGGCCUGUUCAUUGAGAUGUUCCUGACCUUUAUGCUCCUCCUUACCAUUUUCAUGUUGGCGGCAGAGAAGCACAAAGCAACCUUCAUUGCCCCGAUCGGCAUCGGACUAGCAUUAUUCAUUGCUGAGCUCGCUGGUGUUUACUUCACGGGAGGCUCCUUGAACCCAGCUCGUUCUCUCGGACCUGCCGUUGUUACCGGCGUAUGGCCUGGAUACCACUGGAUUUACUGGUUGGGUCCUAUCCUCGGCGCCAUCCUCGCAGUCAUCUUUUACCGCCUGAUGAAGAUGCUCGAGUACGAGACUGCCAACCCCGGUGCAGACCACGAUGGCCGUGAAGCAUACCAUGAGCAUGGAGUUGGCAGGAGCUCUACUCAAUAUGAGGUUUCUGCCCGCCAUGCGACUGACGGGGCCGACGAGCGUGAACAAGUAAGGAAGUUGCGGUCCAGCUUCAUGCUGCCAACCAUGAUUCAGCGCCAACAGAUGCCAUCCCUUGACACAAUGUCGACAGCUACAGGCUACGUCGAGAAGCCCGCGAUACCGAUGCCAGCACACAUACAGACGUUCGACGGCCAUCGAUCCGAUGUUGUCAACCAUCCCGAAGACCGUCCACGUGCCCACCACAAGCGCGGCUCGUCGCAAUACGAGAUGUCAUCCGACUCCAGCUACCGCAACGGGCCGAGUGCGGAGUCAGGCAGCUCAGAGUCUUAGACCGGCUCAUCAAACAGCUCGAGCUCACGGUCUCGCCGUUCGCCAAGCGCAUAGAAUGACAAGUCGCCGAAGAAGGGUAUCUUCGACGGCAUAUUCUACUGGCCUUGCUGCUUCUUGCCACACUUUAUCCUCCAGGUCUGUUUCUGUCCUCACACGUAAAUAGCCGCUGGUGCUUAUCGGUGUGGUGAGUGUUUGAGAAAACAGGGUGGGUAUCGCGGUGGUUCGCUACAUAGGGUACCUCUUCUGUUCACCUAUGGUUUAAUACAUCAAUUCUCGACGUAGAUCGAGGGUGUACACUUGAAACGCACUCCCAUUACCCACAGAUUUUCUAACAGAGUUUUCUGAUUCGGCUUACCGCUGCGCCCAUCGGAAAGGCUUCUUGACUGCCAUUAAUGGUAUUGGGACCAAAUA